AUGACUGUCGAAGAAGGUCAUAUCCCUUUAAUGUCACUGGUAUGCACAUCACUGCACCUUAUCGGAAUUACUCCCGAUGUUGCAAGGAAGGUUAAGAAGAAAAGCCUCACCCAAAAAUCCCUGAAAGAAUCUUCGGCAAACAUCUCUCUGUCGCCCGACCCAUCACUGUUCGCAGUCAAGACACACGAAGUCGUCCGAUCCGAUGAUGUUGUGGGAUCGUCGAACACCAUCCAGUACCCAGCCGUUUUGAAACUGGAGUACGGAUCGGGCUGUGCUGGAGUUAUUCUAGUCAAAGAUGAGGCAGAAUGCUUGGCACGCUAUGACAAUAUCCAGAAAAUCCUUAAAACCACAGACGACACAAUUUUUGGGACGCGGCACGGGAACGACAUGCACUUGGCCGAAUAUGCGCUGGGAUCGAAACAUAACGUCGAUAUCAUCAUGUUUCAAGGGAAGAUAUUGGCGGCAUUGAUCUCCGACGGUGGUCCAACACGCGUUCCAAAUUUACUUUCGAUGGCAGCGUGCACGCCUUCCUGUUUGCCACCAGAGAAACAGAGACAGCUUGUGACAGCAACAUUCCAAUGUGUUAGGGCGGUUGGACUCACCGACGGAGUAUUUAACGUGGAGUUAAAAAUGACUCCUACGGGCCCUAAACUUAUUGAGAUCAACGGACGCAUGACUGGAUUGGCCAAUAGGGACUUCCUUCGUAUCGUCUAUGAAACGGACAUUCUCUUCUUAAAUUACCUGAUCGUGUGUGGGAUUCAGCCGAACGUCCAGCCCAUGGAACCUCGUUGCCAGCUCAUGUGGGUAACAUGUACAUCAGCAGCCCACGCCAAGGCACUGUCCCGGUCGGGGACUGCCACGCCAGAGGUCCUUGCCGAGGCUCACAGCCGUGGAGAAAUAUUAUACCAUCAAAGGGAAACUGUACCUGAGGCAGAUCCAGCCUACGAGAAGAUAUUUUGUCAAAUAGGUGUAAAGGGGGAAUCUGUAAGCGAUGCAAAGAGAAAGUUGUUGGAUGUUUGCAAGAAAUAUGGCGUCGAUUGCGCAGAAUUCCCUGUAGAUUAUUUUCUCUCCACAUUUGUGUAG